AUGGAGAUACACUCUCCUGUUAUAGCCAAGAGGCUAUGGAAUGUGUUGAGGAUCACAUUCUUCAUGAUUAGGAAGGGUCUUGUAUCAAAGAGGAAGCUGAUUAUGGACAUGAAUUUGAUGAUGAAGAAAGGGAAAUUGCUCAGAAAAUCUCUGGGAAAUCUCAUGUCUUCUCAUCAUCAUCAUCAUUCUAAGAGUUUGGCACGUGGUGGCUAUGGCAUACAGGAAUAUGAAUUCUCUUGUAGUAACAGUCCAAAUCCUGUUUUUUUCCAUGUACCAAAGCGAAAGCACCAUUUCAACUUCCCCUGCAUCAAUACCCCUGAAGUUAUUGAAGAAAAAGCUAAUGAAUUGGUUGCACUUGAAUGUGAAGAAGAGCCUAAGGCUGUGGUUUUGGUGCCCAAGACCCCUGAAUACAUGUUCAACCUUAGGUUUGAUUCAUCUGUAAGGGUAUCCAAUUACUCUUCAGAGGAUGAAAAUGAAGAGGGUGGAAAUGGUGAAGUUGAUGAUCAAGCUGAGGAUUUUAUCAGAAGGUUCUAUGAACAACUAAGAAUGCAAAGCCGCAUGCAGUUACUGCAGUACCAAUAGAUGUAAA